UGAUUCUGAUAUUACAGCUGCUUACUCUCUUAAAGAUAACACGUAGUCAUACACCAAAGGCCUCAAUUUCACCUAAUCUCAACUUUACCCGUCUGAUCGAGCACUUCAUUUCUCCUCACUCCCCUUGUCUGUGGCAUAUACUCUUCCUAAACUGUAAAUGGCUUUCGUGCCGAUCCCCAAAUUCCCUGUCAGGUUUGCUUCCCAUGCACUCACGACUCUACUUACCCCAGGUGGUGAUGGCAAGUUACUUGAUGGCGUCGAGAGCCUCAUAUCGUCCCAAACAGUCAAGGAAGGAAACUGGCUCAUAUUCGCCCCAAUAUUCAUUCAUCUGGUCCUCAGUGGCUUCGUAAGUACGCUUGGCCGAUUAUUCUGUGGUCCAAUUCAAGAGCUCAUCCUAAAUCUGCUAGAUUCGGUACGUGCUUGGCCAUGUAAUGCCAACGUUGUUGAUCCUCGAAAGUAUUCGAACGGAUGCAGCUUUAUCUCCCACAAGGCAAGGUAGCUUCAGAAACAGGCCAAGUUUCCGAAAUAUCUUUACCGCAGUUGGCAAUCUGUAUGAGAAGGACGGAAUACGUCUGUUCUUCAGAGGGCUGAAGCUGGCUGUCAUCUACCAGGUGACCCAUUAUACACUUAGAGCCGUCUUGCAAGAAGUCGCUUUGCCAGGGACUUUUACAAUGCCUCUGACAUAUGCCAUCGCAUCCAUGCUGCUUUGUGAACUUCAUCUACUUUGGACAGAGUGCACGAUCUCUGUGCGUCCUCCAGGACUUUUGCCUUUCGCAAUACGCCACGAAACCCAAAGGUGGAAGCAACUUUCCGUCCCUGCAUUUGUUCAUGGACUCCUUCUGGGCUUGAUGAAGCAAGUCGCGACUGCUAGUGGCUUAUCAGAAUUAUCGUCCGAGCAGUACCUUGGAGGGGGAACUGCCAUACUGGUCGGCAAAGAAGUAGCUAUGACGCUUUACGCUCUUCUUCUCCGACUCGUCGGUCUUUUGCCGGCUUCUGUUGUACUUACUUUGAUCGAGGUAAGGAUAUUACCGAAGGGGCAGGAGACCGUUGUGCCUUUUUCGACGAAAAGAGGCUUGAGAACAGGGGAAUUUUUCACUGGUAUAAAAUCACCUUUGGGAUUCAAAAGCAUGCGUGAUAGUAGGAGGUUGUUUCAUAUGUCACAGAUGAUCUGGCUUAUCGAACUUCAUCUGAAAAAGUGUAUGGUUCUCAUCAUGAUGAAUAGUUUGGCUCAGUUUCUUGUUUCGUUAGCUUUUUGAAACCCCCACAGAGUAUUUGGGUUUCCAAGAAGUAGUGAAGAUUUGGGAUUCCAGAAUUAUAAAGGAGCUCUUAAAAGAUGUUUCAUUUUCCUUAUUUAUGAACCCAAAUAAGGCGAACAAAGA